AAUAACUUCUAAACUGAAACUAUGUGGGGAAAAAAUAACUGAUGAUGAGAUGUUGGAAAAGACUUACACCACCUUUCACAAAGAUAAUCUCCUUCUAAGCAAACAAUAUCGUGAAAAGGGUUUCACGAAAUACUCUGAACUCAUAUCUUGUCUACUUCUGGCUGAACAAAAUGACGAGCUAUUAUUAAAAAACCACGAGUUACGACCUACUGGUUCUGCACCAUUCCCUGAAGCGAAUGCUGCAUCCCAUGAUGGAAAGACAAUAAAUAAUAAAGACCAUGCCUGUAGCAGGGGUCGAGGCCGUGGUAGAGGUCGUGGCCGUGGAAGAGGAUAUAAACCUACUAGAGGUCGAGGUGGUUAUGGACCUAGUGGAGGUCGAGGUGGUUAUGGACCUAGUAGAGGUCGAGGUGGUUACUCCAAGAACUCCUAUUCUCACCAGAAGUGGGACAAUAACAAUGGUACCAAACACGAGAAGGAUAAUGCGACCAGUGUGUGCUACCGCUGUGGAGGAAAUGGUCACUAGUCUCGUGUAUGUCGUACCCCAAAGCAUCUUAUUGAUCUCUACCAGCAAUCAUUGA